UAUGGCGGCAUCCAUAGCCAGGUUUUUUUCACAUGUAUCGUGGCAUGGUUCUUGUAUUAUUUUUAAAAACACACUCCCAUGUAUAACGUUAAGGUACAUGUUUCAUCGCUCUGCAACAACCCAAAGUGGAAUUCUUUUUUCGCUAAAUAAACGGGGCAUUUUGAAGGAUGCUUUCCCCGAAAACGCAGCCCAAGAUCAACUUCCUCAACUGCUGCAGUCUGGGUGCCAGACCGUGUACUGCGGAUUCGACCCCACGGCGGACAGCCUUCACGUGGGUAAUUUACUCGCUAUCGUCGGGCUAUUGCAUUUUCGAAGCGCAGGACACAAUGUCAUCGCUCUAAUCGGUGGUGCAACAGCACAGAUAGGGGACCCAAGCGGGAAAACGAGCGAGAGAGAGCAGCUACCGUCUGGUGUAGUGGAGGACAAUACAAGGGCUAUCAGGGAGAGCUUGCAGCGAAUCUUCACCAACCAUGAACUGAAUUUCCACAACGACUCUAAAAAGCUUGGCACUGUAACCCUAUUGAACAAUUUAGCUUGGUACAAAGACUGGAAUGUGGUUGCUUUUCUGUCAGAAGUUGGCAGACGUUUCCGAAUGGGGACCCUGCUCAGUAGGCACAGUGUCCAGUCCAGGCUGAAGAGUGCAGAGGGCAUGAGCCUAACUGAGUUCUCUUACCAGCUGUUUCAAGCUUAUGACUUCUACCACCUGAACCAGAAUCAUAACUGUAAGAUCCAGCUGGGAGGGAGAGACCAGCUGGGCAACCUGAUGUCUGGGCACGAGUUCAUACACAAGGUGACUGGACAGGACGUGUAUGGGCUGACCAUCCCACUGGUGACCAGCUCUGCGGGGGACAAGCUGGGGAAGACAGCAGGCAAUGCAGUGUGGCUGAACAGGGACAAGACAUCUCCGUUUGACCUCUAUCAGUUCUUCCUCAGGCAGCCUGACAACAGUGUGGAAUGGUAUCUGAAGCUGUUCACCUUCCUACCCCUGGCCGAGGUGGAGAGGGUGAUGGAGCAGCAGAGACAGGAGCCAGGCAAACGGCCUGCACACAAACGCCUCGCCGCCGAAAUCACCAAACUGGUCCACGGCAAGGAGGGUCUGGAGAGUGCCAAAAGGUGCACCAAUGCCCUGUACCACAGUAACCUACAGGCCCUGGAGCAGAUGAGCGAUGCUGAGCUGCAGGAGCUCUUCAGAGAGGCCCCUUUCCAUGAGCUGCUGCUGGAGCCAGGGACCACAGUACUGGAUGCCUGCCGCAGGGCAGAGGCCAUCCCCCAGGGGGCCAAAGGGUAUCGCAUGGUAUCAGAAGGAGCCGUAUGGAUCAACCACAGUAAGACAGACAGCCCAGAGCAGGUACUGAUCCCUGGACAGCACCUCUUGGCCAACGGACUUUCUCUCCUCAGAGUGGGCAAGAAGAACUUCCACAUCAUCAAGUGGCUCAAUCUGUGAGUGGCACUGGGACCUUAAAACUCCUAUGGACUGUUUGUGGACUGGAGGUAGGACCGCAAGCUGGGAGGCUUAGGUGAAGGGAGAUGGAUAUUGGAAAUGGACCUGUAUUGUUUCAAUACAUCCCUGUUGGUGUCUGAGGGGAUGUAGUGCACUCUAUAUGUGUGGAUUGAAUGAUGCUGUAAGAUGUGGUAUUAAAUAUAUUUGUUAGAA